GCGGAAGGCGCGGCGUCGGUCUCCCGGCUCUCGGCCCUCGGGGCGCCGGGCGCGCGGGGCGGGGUUCCGGGGCCACGGGGCGGGAGUGCGCGGGGUCCAGCGCCCAGGCCGCCCCCGGCCCUGCUCUGCGCGCUCACCAUGGCGGGCCCCGCGCCGGGGCGGCUACUGCCGCUGGCAGCGCUGGCCCUGGUGCUGGCGCUGGCCCCGGGGCUGCCCGCAGUCCGGGCCGGGCAGGCGCCGCGCCCCGCCGAGCGGGGGCCCCCGGUGCGGCUCUUCACAGAGGAGGAGCUGGCGCGCUACAGCGGGGAGGAGGAAGAUCAGCCCAUCUAUAUAGCAGUGAAGGGAGUGGUGUUUGAUGUCACUUCUGGAAAGGAGUUCUAUGGACGAGGAGCCCCCUACAAUGCCCUGACAGGGAAGGACUCCACCAGAGGGGUGGCCAAGAUGUCCCUGGAUCCUGCUGACCUCACCCAUGACACUACGGGCCUCACGGCCAAGGAGCUGGAAUCCCUGGAUGACGUCUUCACCAAAGUGUACAAAGCCAAGUAUCCCAUUGUCGGCUACACGGCCCGAAGAAUUCUCAACGAGGACGGCAGCCCCAACCUGGACUUCAAGCCUGAAGACCAGCCCCAUUUUGACCUAAAGGACGAGUUCUGAUGUCCCCUCUGCAGGAGCAUGUUCUUAGAGGGUGAGGCAGGGAGACACUCAGGUGCAAAAUCUGCAAAAUUGGCUGCAUGGGCCUCUGGUCCCCGGGUCUGAAUAAAGCAGACAUUUAGCCUGGAAUGCUGGAUGCCUUUCAUUGUCCUUGGUCAAGUGUUCUAUCCACCUGAGUAUCCUGCCUGCACACCAGCCAGGAUAGUAAGAAUAGCAGAAGGGGGAAGCCUCCCAUGUGUCAACAUUGGCUGUCUGGGCGGUGGAAUUAUGAGUGACCUUUAUUUCUUCUUUAUAUUUUUCUGUACUUGCCAACUUUUCUACUGUGACCAUGUUUACUUUAGAAUAAACUUCCUGUUUUCACAAAAGGAGAA